AUGAUUAGUCCGAAGAAGCUUAUCAAAUUGGCAAAGAAGUGGCAGAACCUAGCUGCAAGCAAGCGAAAAAGAAUCUCAUUGCCAACAGCAUCUGGGGUUGCCAAACCAGAGAUUUGCAACCCAUCUCCAAUUCCUGAGAAGGUUCAUUUUGUUAUAUACACUGUAGACCAGAAGCACUUUGCUAUUCCCUUAAAAUAUCUUAAAAACAACAUCAUUCAAGAACUCUUUAAAAUAGCAGAAUAUGAGCUUGGACUUCCUGGUGCUAGGCCUAUGACAUUGCCUUCUGAUGCAGUUUUCAUGGAGUAUGCAAUCUCAUUGAUCCAUAGGCGCAUGUCAAAAGUUUAG